AUGUUUACCCAGGAACAUCACUUCAGCUAUAACGAACCAGAGAAAUGGCAAGUGGAUUUCCCACAAUGCGGUGGCUUUAAGCAAUCACCCAUUAUUAUAUCGACACCAAAGUCAAUUGACAUCUUAAUAUUCCCACUGGAAUUUGGUUUAUACGAUACACCGCUAUCAAAACCCAUAAGUCUUCACAAUAAUGGACAUACAGUGGAAUUUAAGAUCCCCGAAACAAUGUCGGGUGAUAAACCCUAUAUAAGCGGUGGCUUACUCGACGACACUUACGAAGUUGAACAAGUACAUUUCCAUUGGGGUUCACCGACACGCAAAGGUUCCGAACAUAUCAUCAAUGGGCAUCGUUAUGAUAUUGAAAUGCACAUACUACAUCGGAAUACCAAAUAUCCAAGUGUGGAAAUUGCAAGGUUAUUUGAGGAUGGUUUGGCUGUGGUGGCGGUGCUAUUUAAAGUUGUCAAGUCAGAAAAUGUUUUCUAUCCGGGUUUAAAUCUAAUUUACAAUAAUCUACAAAAUGUGCAAUCCUUCAACUCGACCAGUGAUACAAUGCAUUUAAUUACCCUCGGAUCGCUGUUGGGUAAUAUUAAUCGUGAAGAUUUUUAUACCUAUCAGGGGUCGUUGACCACACCACCCUGUUCCGAGGCCGUAACAUGGAUAGUAUUUUCAGAUGUUCUGCCAAUCUCCUUCAAAGAGCUCCCCAAAUUCUGGAAUAUUUUAAAUGAACAGGGCAAUAAAUUUGUCAAUGUACGACCGAUACAAAAUAAUGGCUUUCGCAAAGUUUUUCAUCGCAAACCAUUAAUACAAUUUAAAUAUUUGGGUUAG